AUGGCAACAACCACACAAUACAAUACCACGGAACCAGUAGCAGGUCUAGCUAACAAUAAUAUACACGAUUUACACAAUGGUAUAGAAGGUACCAAUCAUCAUAACGCUCCUGAUGAUGAUCAAUAUGAUAAUUAUAAUUCAGAUUCAGCUUCGGAAGAUGAACCUUUAGAUGUGGAAAAGAAGGAACGAAGUAGAAAACCAUCGGAUAAUGCAUUUAGACAACAAAGAUUAAAGGCUUAUAAUCCUGUUUUAACAGCUAAAACCGUUAUACCCUUGUUGAUUGCAAUUGCAAUAGUAUUCGUUCCACUUGGAGCUGCGAUGUGGUAUGCAUCAGAUAGAAUUGAGGAUAUCACUAUUGAUUAUUCGCAAUGUGAAAACUUAGCAAAUUAUGAUACUUGGUCUACUAUUCCUGAAAAUUAUACAAGUUACAAUUAUAGAAAAUCUUUCUAUGAUUAUCAACCAAGUUUUGCUUGGAAAUUGACUAAUGACUCAUCACAGCAAUUUGAAGAUGAGAGAAAGGUGUGUCAAAUACAAUUUCAAGUGUUGGAGGAAAUAAAAGGACCAUUAUAUCUCUAUUACAGAUUACAUAACUUUCAUGCAAAUCAUAGAAGAUAUGUCAAAUCUUUUAGUGAGGAUCAAUUGAAUGGAAAAAGUGCAAGUUUAGACGAUAUCAAAAACACUGUAGGUCAAAAUUGUCAACCUUUGAGUGACAGAGAUGGUGUCAAAAUCUAUCCUUGUGGAUUGAUAGCAAAUUCAUUAUUUAAUGACACGUACUCAACAGCUUUCCAAGCUGUAAAUGGUACAUCGGCAAACAAGACUGUGAUUUUGACUGAAAAGGGAAUUAACUGGAGUACUGAUAAAAACAGAUUUGUUAAAACCAAAUAUAAUUACACUGAGAUUGUUCCACCACCAAAUUGGUACAAAAUGUUUCCAAAUGGUUAUAAUGAAACUAAUAUUCCAGAUAUUUCAACUUGGCCACAGUUUCAAAAUUGGAUGAAACCAAGUGCUUUAGCAACUUUCAAUAAAUUAGCUUUGAGAAAUGAUACAGCAACACUACAACCAGGUCAGUAUCAAAUUAAUGUGGGCUUACAUUUCCCUGUUUUACCAUAUAAUGGUAAGAAAUUCAUAUAUUUGAGUCAAAGAUCAGUUAUAGGUGGUAAAAAUGAUUUCUUAGGUAUAUCAUGGAUGGUUGGUGGUGGUAUAUGUUUCUUAUUGGGUUUAAUUUUAUUAAUUAUCAAUUUUAUAAAACCUAGAAAAACAGGUGAUACAAAUUUAUUGAGUUGGAAUCAAGAUAAAAUCAAAAGGGAUGAAGCAAAUGCCGCAAAAUCUGAUUUAAAUGGAUCAAAGCAAAUAUUGAUAAUGUCAACCGCAACAAAAUCAAUUCAAGUUACUUUAAAAAAAUCGCCAAAAGAUUUCAUUAAUCCAAAUUUUGAUGAGCCAAAUUCAACAUUUGCAAUAAAAGAGACGGAAAUUCCUGAAUUGAAAGAUGGUGAAAUUUUAAUUAAAACGAGAUUAAUUUCAAAUGAUCCCACUCAAAGAGGUUGGAUUAGAGACAAAUCAAGUAAACAAAGAUAUUAUGUCCCACCAAUUGAAAUUGGUACUCCAAUGGCUUCUUUAGCUAUAGGAGAAGUUUUGGAUAGUAAAUCAUCCAAUUACUCCAAAGGUGAUUUAAUUAAUGGUAAAUUUUAUUGGGCUGAUUAUAUCAUAGUUAAUGAAAAAAAUGUUAUUAAUAAAAUUGAUCAAAGUUUGGGAUUACCUUUAGAAUAUUAUUUGUCAGUAUUGGGUAUGACUUCAUUAACUGCCUUAUUUGGUUUAAUCGAAGCUGGAGGGUUAAGAAAAUAUUUAGGAGAUGAAAAAGCAAAAGAUUUAACUUUAUUAGUUUCUGCUGCUUCAGGUGCAACUGGAUCUGCCGUUGUUCAAAUUGCUAAAAACUUAUUAGGUGUAACUAAAGUAUUGGGUUUAUCAGGAUCAAAUGAUAAAUGUAAAUGGGUAGAAAGUUUAGGAGCUGAUAAAUGUUUCAAUUACAAAGAUUCAGAUUAUCAACAACAAAUUGAUGAUUAUUUAGGUGAUUCAUUGUUAAAUGUAUACUUUGAUAACGUAGGUGGAGAGAUUUUGAACUAUGCAUUAACUAAAAUGGCCAAUAAGGGUACUAUCAUAUCUUGUGGUUCAAUCUCAACUUACAAUUCAUCGACUCCUCCAUCAAUUACCAACUGGGGAGAAAUCACUGUUAAUUCAUUAUCAGUACAUGGAUUCAUUGUUACUGAUUAUAUUUCAAAGUUUAAAGAAGGAAUUGAUAUAUUAUCUAAAGCUUUAAAAGAAGGAAAAAUUAAAGCAACUGGCUCUUACCAUGUUGAUACUUUAGAGGGUCCCAAUGAGGUUAAGAAAUUGGAACAAAUUCCUAAAAUAUGGAAUCAAUUGUUUACUGAUAAUAAACCAAAUGGUUUCAUAAAUAAUAAGUCCAAUAAAUUAUUAAUAACGUUACCCAGAUCCCAAAUUGAUUUAGAAAUUACUCAAUCGAUAUCUCAAUUAUCUUCCAAAUCUGCAAGUAAUAGCACCACUGGUUUUGUUUGUUGGCAAGUAUCUGUAUUGUUUGCUGAUUGGAUAUUAUCAUCGCCUAAUUGUCCUUUCAAAUUAAAUGAACAAGAUAUCGUUUUUGAAUUGGGGUCAGGGAUUGGAGGAAUAUGUGCUUCAACCAUACUGAAAAAAGUUGAUCAUUUCAUUGGUUCUGAUCAAAAGCAUAUUUUAAAACUUUUAAAGGAAAACAUUGAAAACAACUCUUCAGAUUUUAUCAGUUCUACAAUCGACUCCAACUCGAACUCAACAAAUUCAAGUAAGCAUAUUAAUGUGGUCGAGUUUGAUUGGGAACAGCCAGAAUAUGGGAUUCACAAUCUCCAUAAAGUAGUUACUCGGCCACCUGAUUUGAUCAUAGCUUGUGAUACAAUUUACAAUGAGUAUCUAAUUAAACCAUUUAUCAAAUCAUUAAAAACUUUACUUGGUUUAAAAUCAGUUGCGUUAAUCGCCGUACAAUUGAGAGAUGCAAUAACUUUGGAAAGUUUUGUUACAGCAUUGAUAAAUGAUGAUGAGAUACUGUCAUAUACUGUCCUGGAGCAAUAUUUGAGUGAUGAAUUGCGACGAGGUUUUCAAAUUUAUUGUAUUGAACGAAUUCAGGAUAAACAUUCCAAAGUGUAG